AUGUCUGUUUUUGGCAAUUGUCUUAAGGUUGCAGUCAAGAACCUUGUGCCCUUCACACAUAGCAUACCUCUCACAGUGGAUUUUCUUAACAAUGGUACACUUGCCCCGAGAAAGGAUAAUCAGGCAAACAGACUGCUGUCUGGAGUUCUGCAGUUAGCUCAGGGCUCACAUUUGACAAUUGAUGAGACACACUUACAAGCAGGGACCCUCAAUUCUACAGGGAUUGAUAAUAUAAGAAAUCUAAAGAACCUAAUGGAUUUGCAAAAGGUGGAGUAUGACUUCACAUAUUAUAAAAUGGAGAUGGCAGCAGAUGUUCAAUUACUGGUUCUCUCUGAGGGGAAAUCAAAUAUCCUGCCAGCUGAUGUAGUUCUGCCUUUCCAUCCAUCGUCAGCGGGUUCAUCAGAAGUUUCGGAUGCAGAAGCACUAAAAGCUUGGAGAUGGUACCUGGCUACUCUUAGAUCAUUGCCACAUUCGAUUGGGCAAGAAAUGCAGAAGGUGGUAGAAGAUGACUUGGUCGCAGCUAGGCAAGCUGAUCGAAGUCUAGGCAGUAAAGAAUUUAGCAGAUGGCUGACAAUGGCUCGUUUAAUGUCCGCAAGUUUUGGUGAAACAUGCCUGUCAUUGGAAAAAUGGCGAAUGGUUAAGGAACUGCAGAGAUUAAGAAGGGAGAGACUCCAGGAAAGUAGGUAA